AUGUCAAACCUAAUAUUAUCUACAUCUGAUAUUUUAAUUAGCUGUGAAAAAGAUUUCAACUGUUUCAAGUUUCAAUUGUUACUAUAUCAAUGUGUUUUCAGAAAGUAUUACACUGCUGUUUCAGCAAAAUCAACCACAUUUUGUUCGAUCAAUGUUUUUAACUCAACGUUUCACGGAGGUACAUCCAGUUCAUCAAUUGUGACUAGUUGUCGCAAUCUCACUGCGCAACUCGUAGGAAAUACGUUUCUAACAAGUCCGGUAACUCUUCGGACAUUUGCUGAUAGCAAACACGUACGUUGGCAAUUUACUGAGGUCUUUGUUUCCCGGUGUGACUUUUAUGGACAACAAAAACAAAAAUGCAACGCCCUGUUUUCAAUGUCUUCUUCUUCGGCCGUUGUGAACGUUACUGUCGAGUUAUCUGUAUUUAGAGAUCAAAUGGGGGACUGUCAAGGUUCACGGGUAUCAACGCUAGACAUUCACGGAGCCGAAUUUAGAAAGCGAAGGCAAACGAUCAUAAAUUUAAACAAACUUACCUUUGAAAACAACUACUGCACGGGAGCGAUAGUUCGUCUUAUCCCAGUGUAUAUAAGGGGCACAGUAUUCAAAGUUGGCAUCAAGAAUUCCGUAUUCAAAAAUACUACAUCAGCUUUGUACAUACUAUUUAAGGGACAAAACAGCAGACUAAAAGGUCCUAAUUUGGUUCUCAGUAAUAACACUUUUCUAAAAGGAUAUAUAACACCCCCAAGUUAUUGGCCUUUUAUUCGACUCGGAAAUGGAAAAUACCUCAUUUCUCAAUGUAAUUUCGUUGACAAUACUGGGGGUUCUAACCCGUACGAUGCUGUGAUAUUUGUGCGGUCUGACAAACCCGUAGUUGUGAUAUUUGAGGACUGCUAUUUUGAAAACUCUCAAGCAAGCUCGUCAUCAACUCAGAUAUUUGCAGAGAAUAUGCACAAGGUUUUCUUUUAUAGCAACAAUACAAUAAAUGUGACACGUUUGAAUAAAGAGCGCAGUAUUAUAACAUUUACGGCAAACAGACCCAUUGGUGGUGCAAGGAAUCUUCGGUUACGUGGAGACUUAAAGGUUUUAUGCCCGGUUGGGUAUGUCGUAGCAUCUAGUAACAAAUAUUGCCAAGAGGCUACAAAUAAGAAAUAUAUAGAAUGUGCUUACUUUUCCGUAACAUGCAUAUUAUGCCCCAGAAACACGUACUCUAUUACAGGAGCAGUGCUUCAUAACAAUAUUACAAAUCAAAUCCAGUGUCAUGAUUGUGUUAAUGGUGGACAAUGUAUUGAAGGAAUAUUGACAGCCAAACCCAACUUCUGGGGUUACAAAAUGAACCAAUCAGUUCGUUUUCUUCAAUGUCCUCGUGAUUAUUGCUGCGACGCGAAUCAUUGCAAAUCAUAUAACAAUUGUCAUGGAAACAGGACUGGAACAAUGUGUGGCAAAUGUCCUCAAAGCAUGUCGGAAUCAUUGUUCUCAACCGAGUGCUUACCAAAUGACGAAUGUGCCAGGGAUGCAGCUUGGCCUCUGGCGUUUUGCUUUUGCGCAGCAUAUCUAGUGUUCUUUUUAUAUCAUGAAGAAAUAGUAAACUUAAUCAAGAAACUUGCGUUUCUUCCAAGACGAAGAGACGAAAAUCUACACCACAGUGAACCCAACCAUAACCGUUCAUCGAAAGGCAGUGGAAUGCUAAAAAUAUUAUUUUAUUACUAUCAAGUCGUCCAUUUCUUCAGGAAUUCUGUUGGUUCGCAUCAGCACGAAACAUUCGUUGAUACAUUAGAAUAUGUGGUUGGCAAAGUGUUUAAUUUCAUUGUUGUUGGCCUUUCUUCUUUAGAAUGUCCUUUUCCUAAUCUUCAUCCUGUUAAUAAACAGGUGAUUUUGCAUUCUGUAGGUUAUGCAUUAGUGGGACUCCUUGGUGUUCUUUAUAUCUUUACCACAUCCAUAUUUCUUCUUAAACGUUCAAGACGACCUCAAAGUCGGGCAAUAGAACAAAAUAUUAGUGCGCCCACAAUGAACCAACAACCAAGAGCUUGCAAUUCAUGUUUUAUCUCGCGUAUUGUCUCAGCUUUUACUUAUAUAUCUCUGUUAAUGUACGCUUCGUCCACUCAACUCUGUCUGUCAUUGCUUCACUGUGUACCAGUUGCUGACAACCAAGUUUUGUUUCUUGAUGGUAAUAUAAAAUGUUAUCAAACCUUUCAAUAUUUUCUUCUUGGUUACAUGAUUUCUUCCAUACUUCCUUUCUGUCUUGUCCCUGUUCUCGGUUCAUAUCUUUUAAAAUUUGCUCGAAUUAGCGUUCAACAGUUUUGCAUGGCUUGUAUUUUCCCUCUGCCAUUUUGUUGUUAUUGGAUGUACAUGUUUCUAAAGGACUGGCUUUACCUGAAAAGAUACGAUUCUCUUGAACGGGAUCUUGGUAUACCAGUUGAAGAACAAAGCCUUCAAGGAGUACUAAAUUCUGACGAUGUAGUUCCUUCCAUUAAUGAUAACACUACCUCUAUUCUUCGAGUUCUCGUUGGACCAUUUCGAGCUCAUAAAUCCCUAAAGUGGUUUCAGGGAUGCCCAAUUCCUUGGGAAGGUUUUCUGACAUUUCGUCGACUUGCCAUUAUUAUUGUGCUCACAUUUAUCUAUGAUUAUCGUUUUAAAAUGAUUGUUGUUUUAACACUUUGCGUUGUAAUACUUAUUUCCCACAUGUAUGUUAAGCCUUUCCACAGAAGUCGUGAUAACCUCCUCGAAACUAUAUCUUUAGGGACCCAUGUCGUUCUUUGUGGUCUCACAAUGAUUAAGAGUCUAUGCUAUGACGGAGAAGUCUCAUCCACCACCAAUUCUUCUUUACUUAAAUAUUCCAAUUUGGUCGAAAACAUUGUGGUAAUUUUGCCAAUGGCAAUCAUAUCAUUUGUUGUGUUAAUUUCUCUUCUAAUAAGAAUAAUAUUUGGCUUUCGCUACUGUACGCAGUUCACUUGUCGAUUCAUACUUAGUCUCUAUGAGAGGAAUUGA